AUGGUAUUUCCUUUGAGCCUAUUGCUGUUUGGAAUGAUUGCAGGAAUUUCAGCUGACUAUGAAGACCAGGACCGCCCGUAUUUUUCCAAUGAUGGCACACUACUGCCUGGUACUGCUGAAGACUCGAACGGAAUGAACAAUGAGGAUUCCCAAAACAACAUCGACCACAACAAAGUGACUUUUCCGCUUCCAACAAACUUUGGUGAAGAACUGGCCGAGCUGAGCAAGACCAACCCUAUACUAUGCCGAGGUAUGGAGAAGCUUUACAAAAAUAUUACAGCGAUGGAAACAGAUUUGAGGGCUAAAUAUUUAUUUUUCAGCAAGAUGAUAGAAAUCUUCAAAAAUUUGAAACAAAAUAUCACUGGCUACGAUAAUCCCGCCUUAAUAUUUGAAAAGGCUUUACACAGUGUUUCAGAGGAAAGUCGCAAAACUAUAGGUGAUUUUCUAAAUUUCAAUGCUAGAGAUUUUAAUCCCAAUAUCCCAUAUCAACAAAAACGAGCAGAUCCCUUCGAAUUGGAAUUGGCAGUUGUAGCAUUAUAUGAUACUCUUCAAAAGCUUCACGAUAUUGCAAUUAAACUUGAUCGUGGUUGCGGAGAAUUGUUAAAAACAUAUUUCGAAUACUAUUUGAGUGACGCUGAAAACGAAGAUUCAAAUAGCCAUCCAUUCAACAAUCUAGCAGUACCGCCUGAUGCUAUCAAAGAACCGCUGGGUCCCUAUUUGAACGCUGAAAGCGAAGAUUCAAAUAGCUAUCCAUUCAACAAUGGAGCAGUACGGCCUGAUGCUAUCAAAGAACCGCUGGGUCCCUAUUUGAACGGUAUAAACAUUGAGACAAACUUUCAUGAAGAACUGGCAGAGCUGAGCAAGAUCAACCCUGUGCUAUACGGAGUUAUGGAGGAGCUUCACAAAAAUAUCAUUGCCAGGGAAUCAGAUUUAAAGGCUAAAUAUUUAUUUUUCGGUGAGAUUAUAGAAACCUUCAAAAAGAAGAAAGACAUCAUUGGCAGCGAUGACCCAGCUUCAAUAUUGGGAAAGGCUUUAUACAGUGUUCCAGCGGAACGUCGCGAUAUUCUAGUUGAUUUUCUAAGUUCCAAUGAAAAAGAGGUGGAUUUUGCAGCUUUGGCAUUAUACGAUAUUCUUCAAAAGCUUUGCGAUAUUGCAAUCAAACUUAAUCCUGAUCGUGGAGAAUCGCUAAAACCAUAUUUCAAUUACUAUUUGGGUGCCCAUAUGAGAUAUAAUACUAGUAUUACUCAUUAUUUCUCCAGAGUUGGAAAAGUUGCCCAGGCAGCGGAGUUCUGUUAA